AUGAAAAGUGAUGGAUGCGGCUAUGGAGGAGAUGGCGAUGGCAGGGGCUUUGGCCAUGGGAAUGGGGGCUUUUGGCACCCUAAUUUUCCCAGGGCGGGAUCCCAGGGAGGAUGUGCCCAUGGCGAAGGGCACGAUCUGAACCGCCGGGGCUGUGGUUUCAGUGGUGGUCAUGGCUCAAGAGGUGGCGGAUGUGGCUCUGGUGGAGGCCACAGCUACGACAACGAUGGUCGUGGGAACUCCAAUGUCCAACAAUUGUCGGCACAAGCUGCUGUGGAGGUCGCAACAACCUCUGCCGCGGGAUCAGCUAUGCGGCAUGAUGUCCCUCAGGAGGACAAUGGAAAGAAAUGA